AUGCCAAAAUGUGCUGGCGUAGACAUUGAGGAAGCCACCAUCCAGCAGUUGCAGCAUUGGCUCCAUGAUGGCCAGUUCUCCUCCCGGGAUCUCACAGUAUGCUACCUCGUGCGGAUUCGUAGACUCAACAAUCAGUUGCGCGCCGUUAUCGAGAUCAACCCGGAUGCUUUAGAAAUAGCAGAGCGUAUGGACCAAGAACGCAAGAAUGGAAAGAUCCGAGGAUCGCUUCAUGGCAUACCUUGUUUGGUCAAAGACAACAUCGCUAACAAAGAUAAGAUGCAGACCACAGCGGGAUCCAAGAUGCUUGUCGGUUCUGAAGUCCCGGAAGAUGCACAUGUCGUCCAGCUUCUGCGCAAUGCAGGAGCCAUACUACUCGGACAUGCGAAUAUGUCAGAGUGGGUCUCGAUGAGAUCGACGUAUUAUGCCGAAGGAUAUUCUAGCCGCGGUGGGAAAAGCCGGAAUCCGUAUAACCUAGCUGAACACCCGGGGGGGUCUAGUUCAGGAUCCGCCAUCGCAUUUGCAGCAAACAUGUGUGCGUUCAGUAUUGGAACAGAGACCGACGGCAGCGUAAUAUUCCCGGCCGAUAGGAAUGGAGUUGUGGGCAUCAAACCUACCUUGGGACUGACAUCUUGUCAUGGUGUGAUCCCCGAGUCUCGUCAUUUCGAUAUUGUGGGCGUAUUCAGAAGAUCAGUGGCAGACGCUGCGAUUGCCUUGAAUGCCAUAUGUGAUGAACCUGAAUCAGAAAGCACACCAGGUCGUAUCUCCUCAGAUGUUUGUGGGAAAGAAGCCUUGAAAGGGGCAAAGUUUGGCUUACCAUGGAAGCGCAUUUGGGAAAAAACAGCAUUAGAUGAGGGCAAGAAGUCACAGUAUGCUAUUUACCGUUCUCUGAUACAGAGAAUCGAAAAUGCCGGAGCCACGGUUAUCAGCCGCUGUGAUAUACCCAGUGCAGAGGAAACGGUACCUCCUGGUGGUUGUUGGGACUGGGACUCUGGAUCGAAAAGGGGUCACCCAGAGCAGUCCGAAUACACGGUGGUGAAAGUUGACUUCUACAACGAUCUCAAAGGUUACCUUGAUGACCUCGUCACAAACCUGAACAGGAUCGAAUGCCCCGAAGAUGUGAUAGCAUACAAUAUUAAACACACGUCAGACGAAGGAGGUAUUCCGAAAACCCAUCCAGCAUGGCCGACGGGGCAAGACAGUUUGGAUCAAAGUGCGGCUUCGAAAGGGGUCGAAGAUGGUAUCUACUGGUCUGCUUUGGCCUAUGUUGGCCGCAAAUCUCGUGAUGAAGGCAUUAACGCUGCUCUUUUGCAUGAAGAUGGGAGUUUGGACGGUCUGCUGGUACCGGUUCAAGGGGAUGAUGGAGUUGCAGUGCAAAUUGCGGCCCAAGCUGGAUAUCCUAUGAUUACCAUGCCGGUGGGAGUCGACACAAACGGUGUGCCAUUCGGCUUGGCCAUCAUACACAAGGCCUUCAACGAGAACAUAUUGAUUCGGUUUGGCUCUGCUAUUGAAGACCUUGUUAGCGGCCUACCAAAGCCACGGUUUCGGAACAAAGAUGCAGAUGGCUACUUGUUCAUUGGUGCCGAACCCGAAUCCACGUCCUGA